CUGAACUGUUAGAAGGGACACCGCUCAGUUCUUGGAAUUUCUCUGGCGCCAUGCGUUCGAGUCCUCACCGUGCGGUUCAUCUGGCCGAUGUUCUGCGACUGGCGGUGGUAUACAAGUACGGGGGCGUCUAUCUGGACCUGGACAUAGUAAUGUUGCGGUCACUGGAAGACCUCCACAACUGUGUCUCCCAAACGCCGACGCAAGAACAAGACAUGACUGCCAACGGAUUCCUAAUUUUCGACCGCCAUCACCCUUUCUUGGAGGACUGCAUGCACCGGGUGCCUCCAAGGUACAAGCCAAAGCAAUGGGCGUCCAUUGGUCCGACUCUGCUCAAGGAGGCCAUCUUGUCUCGAUGCAAGGCGAAGAGCAUUCGAGAAGUCGUCCUCAACGGUUCCUGCCAUGGAGUGCGAGUACUUCCUUUUAGCCUCUUCCUUCCGAUCUACUACAGGGAGUGGAAGGACUUCUUUGAUCCUAGCAAGAGUGCCUAUGUUUGGCGCGCAUCAAAAGGCAGUUACGUCAUGCAUGUUUACAACGCCCUGAGCUCUAAGACACCGGCGCCCCCGGGUUGCGCUUACGCGCAAGCGGCCCGGAAGUAUUGCCCACUCAGCUGGAAUCAUUCCUUCUCGACACUAGGGUUUUUCUAGAUGUAAUACCUUAAUCUCUCUUAACGGGAGCUGGGAGUGCAUGGAGUUGCGUACUAUAUGAGCUAUCUAGCGUCUCGGUGCGCAUGUGCAAAUAGAGGGAGGCGGAUGCGCGGCAGUUGCACGGCGGGCCGUCCGAUUGCUAUUAAUACUCGCACGUCAAUGCUGUUGUGUAUUCACCAAUGAGGAUGCUCGGCAUUGUGCCUAGAAUGACGCGAGAGCUUGAAACACUCUCUUUUGCGCUUGCGUUAAAAGAUUGCUUUGUCUGUUCAAAACUGGAAUUUGAAUCUAAAACCUGAAAUUUUCUUAAUUCUUUGAAAUCCAAGCGCAUUGAAAGUGUCCAAAAACGCUUAAUUUGUUUAAUUUAUGAGCGAUACGUCGGAAACAAACUUGAUGAUUACUACAACUGGCGGCGAUGCCAACUGGAUAUGGGCACACUUUCGCAAAAUAAGAGACCUUGAAUUCUUAUUUUGGCACAAACUUUUAAAUGGCAAAGUGCCAUGUUCAAAUGUAAUACCCACCGUCAAGGAGACUCUUUUAUAAUAGUAGCAGCUCAUCUUCAUUUUAGAUGUUUAUGCCUUUAAGUGAUGUCAAGCGCUUCGUGUUGCCAGAAGUGUCUGAGGAAUGCAGGUUUCUUUUUUAAAACUUUGUUGGGUGUUUCUGCGUGUAUAGUGUUAGACCGUUGGGUGUGAGUGAUUUUGUUUACUUUUUUGGGCCGCACCACCGGGAAGACAUGCUGCAGAGGUGGGAAUCAAUAAAUAUACAAAGAAAGUACCCGACGCCAUGCGCUCCCGUGUUCCCGAACCCACAGCAUUAUUGAGCUCUCAAACAACCAUUACUGUAAAUAAGUAGUUAAGAUUUAUUUAUCAUAAACUUCGGAAGUAUAAAACGUGUAGCUGCUGCCUCCAUCAAAUAGGUGUGGUCACAGGAGUACGCAAUAUUGUACAAUUGUGAAAUCCUUCACACUGUGAUAUUUUUGUAUUGAAAUGUGGCGUUCAUAAUGAUCGUCUGGUUGUGUGCUUUAAUUUUGUAUAAAGAAUAAAACUUUUAUUUGUUUUUUCCUUU